UUAAUCCAAGUCCGGUGGUGGUGGUGUCAAACAUGAUUUACAACAGCUGGACUCUAUUGGUGUUCACGGGUGAUGGGGUGUUGACCCAAACCCUCAAUAUCAUUCAAAAUCAAGUGUGGCUCCAAACUAUCAGAACAGGGCUGAAGCAUUGAGUUUGCAUCUUGUCACAUCCUGAUGUCAGGUGCAAAGAUCACAGGACAUCCUUUUGGUGCCGACAGGUCGGCUAAGGUGGCCAAAAGCCAAUGUCUGGGUGACCACAGGAGCCCGUCCCAUGGUGAGAUGCACCGUCCCUUCAGUCAUUUCGGGUCGAACUAUUCCACCCGGUACGAUCUACAAAAUCAGGCCUUGCAUUUUGCCUCGCUAUGGCAGCUUAUCCUUCGAUGGCUGUUCCACAGGCGGGCUACGGCUACUAUGACCCCUCUUAUGCUGGCUAUGCAGCAGCACCUCCCGGCAUCCAGAUGUCGAAAGAGCAAAAACAAGAAGCCAGAAUGGCACGAAAGGCCAAGAAGCUGGAGGAAGCCAGCAAGCGAUGUGAAAAGCUCCGUGAGAAGCAAAAGGAGCAGCAGGCGAAGGAUGCUUCUUGCUUCUUGAUCUUCAUGUCCAUCGGCUUCCUUGGGCUUGGAACUCUCAUGGGCUUGACGAUCGUCGGGUCGUCCUGGGGGAGCAAGGAGUUCACCGGCCUCGGUGUUGGAUUGGUGACAAUGCACAGUUCGCUUUUCUCCAUGAAGAUUGACAUCUCCUGCGACAAGUCCUUCAUGCUUGAAGAGGGCUUGUGCAAGAAGGUCUUGAAGCCUUUCGAGGGAACCCACGACCUGCAGCGUGUGCAGGGCAAUGCCUGCGCUUUGGUGCCUUCCGCCUGCGAAGUGCUCGGGCGUUGCUACUAUGCCAGUAUCCCGCUCUUCAUUUGCAUUGCCCUCAGCGUCCUGUCCAGCUUCUCAGCCGCUUUUUGCCUGUUCACGUACUCCAAAUCUGUCGCUGACCCUGCCCUGCGACAAUGGGCCAAUGCCUUCACGUUAGCCACGCCCGUGCUGGCGACCGGUGGCAUCGUCACCUGGGCAGUGAUGAUGCCGGACCUCGGGGAGAUCCCACGCUCCUGGUCCACCCUGGCCAUGGGCUUUGGAUUAUCAGACGCCUUUGGGUACACGGAAACCCGUGACUUCCAGUUCGGCUGGACGUUCUUCGCAGCUUGUAUCAUCGACUUCUGCAUGAUCAUCACAGGCUUCAUCUGGUUCUGCAUGUUCAGACGCUCCGACGACGAAGACGAGGUCAUCCAACAGGCGGCCAAGGACAAGGCCUUUUGUGAUGAGUUGGAGCGGGAUCGUGGAGCUCGCAUGGACUAUGGCGCCACCGGCACUGGCGGGAAGAAGGGCGGCCAAGCGGCUGCGGAAGAAGCCAUGGACUGGGGCCAAGCGGCUGCCGACAAAGACUGGGUGCCAUAAGAGACACGAGGAAGGAGGGCAGACGGGACGAGACAUCCGAGCAGUGAUCUUUCGCAACGAAA